UCCCGCCUCCUGGCCCAAACCAGCUGGACCAGCUCUCCCAGUGCCCGCCUGCAGCCCCCCCCCACUCCCGACAGCCAAGUCACAGCCUCCAGGGCACCUUUCGGCAAGCGGGUGGUGGGUCCUGGACUCAGGGACCAGAACGUGGGCUUCUGGGCAGAGAUGGCCCUGCAAAGCCAGGUGUGGUCUCCGGCCACACCCAUGCCCAUGGCAGAGAGCUCCCUCUACCGGCAGCGGCUAGAGGUCAUCGCGGAGAAGCGGCGGCUGCAGGAGGAGAUCAGCGCCGCGCGCCGGGAGCUGGAGGAGGAGAAACUCCGUGUGGAGCGGCUCAAGAGGAAGUCUCUCCGGGAACGCUGGCUAAUGGACGGGGCAGCUGAAGAGCCGGAGCGGCCCCAGGACCCCGCCUCACAGGACCCCCAGUCACCUGAGGACCAGGCUCAGGCCCGCAUCCGGAACCUGGAAGGCAGCUUGUUCACACUCCAGUCCCAGCUGCAGCUGUUACAAAGUGCAUCCACAGGUGCCCAGCACAAGCCCACAGGCAGGCCCACCUGGCGCCGACAGGGUCACCGUCCUCUAUCCCAGCCCACCGUGGAGGCAGGUCCUGCAGGCCAGACUGAUCUAAACAAGAGAGCCUCCAUACCAGCCGGACCAGUGGGCACAUACCCAGAGUCCCCCUCUAAGUCCAGAGACGAGUCUGUCGGGGUUCCACCAGCCCCGAGGAGGAUCCCUGGGGCAGCAGUGGCCUCCUCAGAAGCCAAUGGCCCCUGCCCUGGAUCCAGCCCCCCUCCGGAGCAGGCGCCGAGUCAGGGAGUGGCAGCGUCUGACGGGGGAGUGAAUGAGGCCAAAGGGGGAGGCACGGUGAAGGUGGUCUGGGAGGGGCUGAGGGCCACGGAGGACUGUACCACGGGGGCUACAGGCCCAGAGCUGGAGGCUAAGGUGGAGGAGAUGGUCAUGGAGGCCAUCGGGGACAGACAGGAAGCCGGACGCCGAGAGCUCCCUUCAUGGGUCAGGGAGGACAGGGAUAUCGUGGAGGUAGUCUGGGAAGGGGUGGGAGGCACAGAGGGCAGCGACUCAGAGGCCAUGGGGGAGGCGGGCAGAGGCCUGGAGGCUGCACACACCAGCUCACUGAGGCUCCAGGAGGGACCGGGGGCAGCAGCUUCUGGAGAAGGGGAAGGUGCCCCCAGGGGCAGCGCUGAUGGUGAUGGGCAGGGGGGCUUUGGAGGAGAGGAGGGGUCCUUCAUUUGGGUGGAGAGAGUGACCCUCAGUGAGCAGUGGGAAGAGCUGGCGGUGGAGGGGUUGGAAGGGCCAAAGGCACUGGGAAGGGAGGGAAAGGAUGACAGUCCACUGGGGGCAGGCGGCAGAGGCGGGGAGGAAACGUGGGGGGCGGAGAGGAGGUGGGCAGAGGAAUUAGCGGGGAAGAGAGGAAGUGAGGGAAUGGCAGGCGCAGAGCCAGAAGGAGCAGAGAUGUCACUGGCAGUGGAGAGGAAAGGAAGCGAGAAAUCCUUGGAGCCAGAGAGGAGAGGAGUUGAGGAAAAGGUGGAGACAGAGAUGGGAGGAGGUGACGAACCACUGUCGGCAGAAAGAAAAGAAGUUGAAGGACCUCUGAGGGCAGAGAGGGAAAGAGGGGAGGAGCCGUUGGGAGUACAGCAGAAAGGAGGUGAGGAAAAGUUAGAGGCAAUUGAAGAACCAUUGGUGACAGAAAGGAAAGAAGGUGAGGAAUCACUGAUGGCAGAGAGAAUGGCAGGUGAAGAGCCAUUGCAGACAGAGAAGACUCAAGGGGUCGAGGGAGAUCUGAGUCCGGAAGAGCAGAGAGAGUCAGGAGGAGGAAAGGAGUGUCAGGCAGAGGAAGUGAGUGAGGAAGUGGCUCCCCUGGGGGCCAAGGAGGAGCCAAGGCCGGAGGAAGAAGGACAGCAGCCCCAGGAGAAGCAGGAAGGCUCCCCAGAAGCAGAAGCAGUGAAGCCCCAAACCUCUGAUGAGGGCCAGGACCCCUCUGGGGAUGCCACACCCCUCCUGGCAGAGACCCCAGCUCAGGAGCAGCCUGCUGAGUGCCAGCCACUGCUUCAGGUGGAGGAGCCCAGGGCCAACCCCAGUGCCCACGCUGUGCCCACCUACGCGCCUGCCCAGCAGCCGGAGCCAUCUGCCCCUCCUGAGGGCGAAGAGGCGAGUGGCCCUAAGCAGAAGACGUGCCAGUGUUGUGCGGUUAUGUGAGCCCACGCCCUCUACCCCACUCCCAGCUCCUCUCACAGCUACCUCGGCCUCUUGGCAUCAGCAGAUGGUCCCAGGCGCAGACAGGGCACCACGGGACUGGUGGUGGCACCUGGGAGCCAGCUGGUCCACAUGUCCAUCUCCACCUGGGCUCCUGGACCCCUUGCACACUGCCCGUGACCCUGGCCCCUUUCUGUGACAAAGCCUUUAUACUUGAAAAUAAAAUGUUGAGCAUCUGGA